AUGUCAUACGGCAAAGUGCUAAGAAAUUCCGUCGCUAAAAGAGUUCUCGAUCUUCGCUCGGACACAUUUACACUUCCUUCCGCCGCGAUGCGCGCCAGAAUGGCCGAGGCCAUUUGUGGCGAUGAUGUUUACAAAGAAGACAGGACGAUUAUUGAGCUUGAAUCUCGCCUUGCUGAGCUAACUGGACAUGAAGGCGCAUUGUUCGUCCUAACAUGCACAAUGGCUAAUUUCCUUGGCUUGGCUGCAACUUGCAACCGCGGGGAAGAGGUUUUAUGUGGCGAUAUGAGCCACAUCGGGCUUUAUGAACAGUCGAAUGUUUCUCAAUUCACGGGUAUUGGAAUGCGUCAAGAUCUUCGAAAACUAUCAUCGGAAAAUGGCUGCAAUGUUCACAUGGAUGGAGCUAGACUUGUAAACGCAUCGAUAGGCACCGGAAUAACGCUGAAAGAUUACUGCUCGCUAGUAGAUACUGCAACCAUGUGCUUUACGAAAGGAAUGGGCUGUCCUUUCGGAGCAGCGCUUGUUGGAAACGAAGACGUGAUUCAAAAGGCGAGGAGAAUGAGAAAGGCAAUCGGUGGUCAAUGGAGACAAGGAGGAAUCGCGGCGGCGGCUGUUCUGGAAAGUUUAGACGACUUGUCUCCGAUCGAAAAUGAUCAUGAAAUGGCGAAAGUAUGGGCUUCUGCCAUUCCAGCGCUCUCAAAGAAAAUAUCUGUGGAUGCGCCACAAACAAAUAUCGUCAUCUUCAAGUGCCAAGAUGAAACGUCUGCGCUGGAGAUUAUUGAAAAGAUGGCGCAUGGCGAAUUAUCCGUUCUUCUUCAGCAAGGCGCUAACCCAGAAGAUGUUCGUGCCGUCUUUCACAGAUCAGCCGACUACUCGUUAAUUUCCGAGGCAGUUGAAAAGUUGCAAAGUUUAAUUUAG